CGGAGGCGGCGGCGGAGAAGAAACUCAUCACCCUGAAGAGCAGCGACGGCGAGUCGUUCGAGGUGGAGGAGGCGGUGGCGAUGCAGUCGCAGACGAUCAAGCACAUGAUCGAGGACGACUGCGCCGACAACGGCAUCCCUCUCCCCAACGUCACCGGCAGGAUCCUGGCGAAGGUGAUCGAGUACUGCAAGAAGCACCACGAGGCUCCCAAACCCGACGGAUUCGCCGGCGGCGCGGCGGCGGACGGCGGUCUGAAGAGCUGGGACGAGGAUUUCGUGAAGGUCGAUCAGAACACCCUGUUCGACCUAAUCCUGGCCGCUAAUUACUUGAACAUCAAGGAUCUGCUGGAUCUGACGUGCCAGACGGUGGCGAACAUGAUGAAGGGGAAGACUCCCGAGGAGAUUAGGGCGAUUUUCAACAUCAAGAAUGAUUUCACCCCGGAGGAGGAAGAAGAGGUUCGCAGGGAGAAUCAGUGGGCGUUUGAGUGAAAAAAAGCCCCAAUUUUGUCUUAGUGGCGAUGUUUAGUAUUGCUGUGUUUUGACUUUUGAGGUUUGUGUUUUGGUUGGAGAAUUUCUAAGUAGACUUUUGAGGUUUGUGUGUUUAAUUAGAGGUUUCAUUUGGUUAAAUGAUUCUUGUGCUCUGAUGAAUUUUAAGUGGUAUAACAAUUUGUUUGAAUGUUUUGGAGUACACUCAUAUUAGAG